UCACUCCAUUUGGCCAGUCACGGGGCCAAAACCAGUGACAUUUUGGAGCCACAUGUGGCGGUGGAGGCAGCAGCAAUGGGAGGCCAUACAGCAACCUAUGACAAAAUGGAAACCAGCAGGAGCGUGAGGAGACCUGAAAGUGGCACAUGGCAGAGUGGGAGCAAUGGGAGGCGGUACAGGGACCCAGGUCACACUGUGGGCCCAGCAGCAGCGUGACCAGGCGGUACGGGGCCCAUGGCCGAUAUGGGGCUUGGUGGCACCAAUAUGAAGGCCUGUAAUCUGCCAGCAACCUAUGACAAAAUGGACAACCGCAGGAGUGUGAGGAGAUUUCAAAGUGGCACAUGGCAGAGUGGAAGCAAUGGGAGGCCGUACAGGGACCCAGGUCACACUGUGGGACCAGCAU